AGGUAUUACCAUGUUCUCCCGCCUACAUGCUCAGGAGUCGGAUGGAACCAAACAGAUAUCAACCUGAUGUUCAAGAGAGUGGAGAUUUGAAAACAGCUCUAAGGCACAAUGGCAGCUCGUAGGAUCAGAGUAGCGACACCAGAUGGAGGUCCCAGUAUGGCGGUAGUCCAGGGAACUGGAGAGUCUGUCAUAGCUCGAAUACCAGUGGCAGAUGAACUUCUGGACACCAACAGUGGGCCUGAGAGUCGAUUCCAGCAACUUCCUGGAUCAAAAACAGGAGGCGGCCUAAGGUACAGGUCAUUGAACCCUGUUAGAACCAGUCUCGCAGGAUUCACUCCUGUAGAGAUUGAUUUAUCCAAGUUGUUCCAUGAGAGCGGUGUUGAAGACUACUUUGAUAUAUCACUUGCAUUGCCUGCAUUAACGAAAGGGAGUGAAUCGGGUAACAACAUCAGUAAAUUGAGUUUGUCUGGUGUGGAACAGCUGACCGACAUGUUUUUUCUGGUUCUCAAGUGUCAGGAAGUAAAUCUGCCAUUCCUGGAAGACUUUACACUCUGCGGUGCUCCCCAUAUCACAGACCAGGGUAUCCAAUGGCUGUCAGAAAUACCAGGAAUUAAAAUCAAAAACGUUUCCUUGGAAGGAUGCCCAAAGCUAACAGAUCGGUCCUUACACAUUCUCCUCAGAAUGAAACCGGAAUCCAUUCACAUGAAAGCAGUGUCUAAUAUAGCUUGUCUGAGUCCAGGUGUGAGCAAAGAAGAUGUCACAUUCAGUGGCUGCCAGUUAAUAUCCCCUCCUGAUGCCAUGUUACAAGCGGACCCGUGUCCUGUUGGAAAAGACAAAGAGCUCCAGCUGGUGAACUACAACUUCACCAAGCUGGUGGUCCUACAUGAAGCAGACACAAAGAAAGGGCAGUGGAUGUUUACCCAGGAGGCCUCAAAGCAAGGUGACAUAUUUUCUGUAAAGAAAGCCUGGAUGCCUGACCCAAAUACACAGCAAAAGUACAACGUGUUUGAAUGUGUCACAGGAACGGGCUGUGAGAACUGGGUGCUGAGUAACGGCUGUGUCAUUGUACUGCCGUUCUCCAACACAGACGACAAAACAGCAAAGAAGCUAGCAGCACAGAUCAUGUCUAUCAUUGGGCAGUAUCCAGAAAACGUAUUUGUACUGGGCAACUUAGGCAAGGCGGGUAGUGAAGUUGAGAUGAAAAAGAUGGUGUUUAAAAUCUUACAAGAUUGGCACACCCACAUCGCUGCUAACAGCAUCACCUAUAGAGGAAAUCAAGAUGAAAAGAUGAUAAAGGAGCAUGAUAACUUUGAGGCUCAGAUACAGCUGGGCAUCGGUCAAACACUGGUGGACAAUGUCCAGACAGUGCUGGGCAACAAGACGACCUCAAAACGACAAAUCUUAAAAACUAUUAAUGAGCCAACAACCAUUAAUGCUGUCCUGGACAGCUGCCAAGCGUUACUGACCACAGAUUUGAGUAAGAGCAAGGAUUCGUUCCUCGAGUUAGCCGGGGGUACUAUGAGAAAGAUGUUCCCAUGGCAUUGCACCAGCUUUUUUCAAGAAACAAUUUCAGUCUUUGAUGCUGUAGUGAAUGCGAAAUUCCCAACCGUCCUUUCUCCUAUAGAAGUGUUUAAGGAUCAAAAGGUAUUUCCAGCGGAGACAGUCCAGCAGAUUGACCCCAGUGGUGGACACAGUGGAAUGUGCAAGGCUAUGGAAGUCCUUCACACUCAGGGAAAUUGUCUGUACUAUCCCCGAGUUGAAAAGAAGCAAUUGGUCCAUGACAUCGCAAACCUGCCUUGUCUUACAAAUCUGGGAGUAAAGGCUCCAUACCUGACAGACAUCCCCUGGAUAGGGCAAGAUGUACCCUGCUGGAGGAAGGAUGAUUUCUACAAGAAUCGUUUCAACACUGUGAAAGAGACACAGAGAAAUACUUUUAUGGAUAUUCUACUAGACAUGGGAAUGAUGUUUAGAUUUGCUUGGCCCAUGAAAGAUUCCAGAUUUUCAGAUGCACUUACCUUUGUGAUGACUGAAGAUCUCCCUGACACCCCAGGUGUACCGCUGGACGAGAUAUGGACAGCAGGGUUACCGGAAGGGGAACACCAGAGAGACGCUUACUUCACUUUCCCUAGCCUACCUCAGCUGUUCUUACCAGACUUCCUCGGGAAAUUAAACGAGGCUUCCCAGAUGGUGUUGUUGUGGAAGUCUGGACUCAUCCUACGUCAGGGCCCUGUCAUGGUUCUGGUGGAACUCCUCACUAACGAGAUCAAUCAAGGUUUCCCCGCCAUUGUGAUCAGUGCUCGUGUUGUUAAUAGCAACAUGAAAGGCGCGCUUACUGUCACCUUCAACAACGUCACAACAAUUUUGAGUGGGAUGUUAAUUUCGAAGAAAGUUUAUGCAAUUAAAACAAUAUGCUGUCAAGAAUGUAAUCCAACAAGGGACCGGAAGAUUGCCCUUAGUGCCUCACAUAACUGUUGUCACAUGUCAGAGUUCCAUUUCCGAUAUUCCUUUGGAAACGACGACCAAAUUGCCUGCAAGAAAACAAAGAGAGGUUUAAUCGCUCCAAAAGAAGAAUUUGCUAGUAUCGACUCAGUUAACAGAAUGAUUCCUCCUUCCAGGCACUGUCGCUGUAACCACGGGACAGAUCUGUGUUCCUAUUGUGGAGUGUGUACCCACUGUAUCAAGGUCCUCACUGUAUCUCAUUCUCUGGUUCAGCCAUGCUUCAAAUCCAAGCAGAUUGGUGACCCUCCAGACGUUCAGAAAUCAACUUGUAUCCUGGAAUUUCCAAAAGGCAAAGAUUCUCCACACACGUACAAGUUUCCCUACCCUCUGUCACUGUCCUACUGUGGGGUAGUCAAUCUACUGAUACUGUCGGAGAAAGCUGACUUGACACUGAUAGUUACAAGAGUUUCAUCAACAUCAAAAUCAGUAAAUAAAUGGACAAUACCAAACUGUAAAAUGGGUGACAAGUUGGAAGUCAGCAUGGAAACCAAGAGGGCCAAUGGAUCUUUAAUGACGUUCGUUUGUGCGAAAAGAAAUGACCUCCAGCUCCAUACCCUUGGUUACGACCUGCAUGUACAGGUAGAACUCUCUCUCCAGGGAAACAACAAAGAGGACGAUUUGAAGAUCAUGGUCACUGCCCCCAAUUUGAUGCUAAUGGGAGAAAUCAAUGAGGAUGAGAAGAGCUUUGGUCUAGUUCAGUGCUGUAGUCCUGCCUUUCCUACAAAAACUGAGAGACAAAUGACGAUGAUGUAUGCUUCAAUGGAAGAGACAAUGGUGAAGAGGGUCAAACAAUUUUCUGGUUCAGUUGGAGUGUUACUACCAAAGAGUUUGACAGUGAACAACCUUCUCUUUCCCACUAUGGGACUGGUAAAGGAUCGGAAGAACCAGCUAUACUAUCCAACCUGUUCAUUAAACUUGACAGAAAUUUACGGAUGGCCACCAGUCAACUUGAUCCAUUUAGUGAAUGGAGAGGGUAUUCCAACAACAGAGUUUGAAAAAGCUAAAAUGCCUGAGCAUUUCCUCUGGGGUGUUCAUGUCAUCCUGUCUCACUACAAAAAGUUGGACCUGCCCCCAUUUGAUCAGCUAUUUGCAGAGAUAGCACCUGGUCAUGUCAAGAACAUUCAGAAAAGCUUUUUGUCUUAUGGGGCUCAAAAUAUCCUGAGAAUGGCUGCAAUCAACAUGGCAUUUUCUCUUGGAGAAGGCCUCAGUGUAGAAUCCCUGAAAAAGAAUCCGCCUAAUUCUGGGACAGUGAGUAGCAUGGUCAGGGGCCAUAUUAGAACCAGUGGUCUAUUAAUUAAAAACAGCUCCUUCCUCUGCCCUGGACAUGUAGCUUGUCUGGAACCUGAUGCAACCCAGUCAGAAUUUCAGACAGACCAUUUGCAAGGAUACAAACCCUUCAUCAGCCACAUUCGGAAAACAAACAACCACCUGGAAACCAUCAAGAAAACUGCUUUUGAAGAUCUCCCAAAUUUAUGUGUAUUUUCCCUUCAAAACAACUUCAUUGAAGUUGUACCAGACACAGUAGUUAAAUGUAAGUUCCUGACAGUGCUGUCUUUGGCGCAGAAUAAUCUGCUGGAUCUGCCUUCUGCGUUUUACUCCUGUACAGCACUGACUGAUUUAGACAUCAGUAGAAACAGAAUGGAGAAGCUGCCUACUGCUAUUACCUCCAUGAGCAAUCUCAGGAUUCUACAUGCAAACAACUUGCUGUUCAAGGUGUUACCAGAUAAUAUCGGAAACUUGUCUAAGUUGAAGGAACUGAGCUUGAAUGGGAACUGUCUACAAUCUCUUCCAAAGAGCUUCAAGAAUCUGAAAAGUCUGACCCAUCUAUCCUUGGCAGGGAUCACAUGGUUCGACAAUAGAACCAACCUGCUUCUGUCUGAGGAGAACUUUGUGACAUUUCUUGAGAAAGAAGGAGGGAUCAGGAGAUGGAUAGAUGCCAAUCCAGAGGUAAUGGAUGAGGAGGAUAUGUUCAAACUGUUUGACCUAGAUAGCAGUGGUACUCUUGACACACACGAGAUUGCCAAGGUAAAUGCCAGCCUGUUCUCAAUCUUCCCAAGGUUUGGCUACAAUGGAACAGAUCCCCCAGAUGCCACAUCCUUACCAUUCGGUGGGUUCCCUGAGGAGAUACUAGCACUGAAGACUUUGGUAAGCCUGGAUCUCAGUUACCAAGGACUUGUAUCAAUACCUGAUGACAUCUCCAAGCUCUCUAAGUUAGAGAAGCUGAACCUGAACUGUAAUCCAAAUUUAUUGUCUUUAUCUGCCCAGACUGGACUUUGUCCUCUAAAAGAUUUGGAUCUUUAUGACUGUCCAGUUCUAAAGACUCCCCCCAAGGAGAUCAGAGAUCGUGGGUUUAGGACGACAUAUGCCUACCUCAAGCGUCUGGUGACAGGAUCAGUGGACUGUAAACGAACCAAACUGAUGUUGGUUGGUCUAGGAGGAUCUGGUAAAACCAGUUUGGUGAAAUCUUUGAUGUCUACGAAUAAGAAAUCUAACCUGACUGGUGCUGAUGCAAUCACUGACGGCAUUGACAUCUGUACCUGGGAUGUGAAUCAAAAAGGACAGAAAAUAUCCUACAGUGUUUGGGACUUUGCCGGCCAGACAGUCUACUACAACACACAUCAGUUUUUCCUGUCAGACCGAGCUGUGUAUCUGCUGCUUUGGAAUAUAAGACUUGGACAUGAACAUGCUGGGCUGAACUUCUGGCUCAACUCAAUCACAGUACACGCCCCUAAGGCCCCCAUCUUUGUGGUGGGAACCCACACUGACCAGAUGACAAAGAUAGAACUUCCUAUGGAUGAAAUGAAGAGCAAAUAUCAUCAAAUAGAGGGAUUCUAUUUUGUUAGCUCUAAAGAUGGAAAAGGUAUCCCAGAGCUGAAGGAGGCAUUGUUCAAGGCAACUCUACAACAGGAAUAUAUGGGUGAGAAGAUUCCUCAUGCAUGGCUUCAACUGGAAAAAGCUCUCACUGAUCAGAGGGACAAGAAGAAAGUGUUGGAUUUUAAGACAGUUGAGAGCACAGCUAUCGAUCUGGGCAUUGUCGACUCCUCCGAGAUUAACCAAGCUAUCCAGUUCCUACAUGACCUUGGGAUGAUCCAGCAUUUCUCCAACGAGUACCUGCGAGAUCAUGUGAUCAUUGAGCCACAGUGGAUUGUAGACGUGAUGGCGUGUGUCGUUUGUGUGGACCAGGCCGUCAUCAAGAAUGGUCAACUACAACAUGCUGACAUCAAAAAAAUAUGGAAAGACUACCAAACAAUGGCAGACUGGCUGCUGAGGCUGACUGAGGAGUUUGACUUGACAUUUCAGUUGGAGGGAAAGAAGUGUAACAUUGUACCAUGUCUCCUUCCAGAGAAACAGCCAGAGUUUUCUUGGCCAGAGGUGAAAAAGGAGGAAGGAAUCUUUGAGACAAAGAUGAUCUACAAGUUUGACUAUUUACCUGGUGGUCUCUUCAACAGGGGACAGGUAAGACUUCAUGGAAUCUCUGAGGAGUCUGUGAUCUGGAAGAGAGGCUCCUUCAUCAAGAAGAACGGGCAGCUGGCUUUGGUACAGCAGAUCGGGGAAUCAAAACUUCAUGUCAAAGUUCAAGGUCCAAGGCCAGACAACCUGCUGUUCUUUAUACAUGAGGUAUUUGAGAGUCUGAUCAACGAAUCGUUCUACGGUGUCGCCUAUGAAUGCAAGAUUCCGUGCCCUGAUUGUAUCAGCCAGUAUGUGAAAGACCCACACAUGUUCAAGGAAUCGGGGAUCCGCCGAGCUCUGGAACUGAAGGCCCCAUUCUUUCAGUGUCAUAAAUACUUUCAUACCACUCCCAUCCUAAGCCUUCAAGGUAUCUUGGCUCCAGACGACAGCAAAGACUACGAAGUUCAUCUUAACAACGAUGUUAGUGCUCUCAAACAGAUGCAGACCGAGAUGUCAGUGGAUAUUUUCAUUUCGUACUGUGUCAAUGAUGCACCCAAGGACAGGUCAAAGGUUAUACAUCCAGCAGACGUUUACGCUGAUCUUGAGAAGGCGGGUUACAGCUGCUACUUCCCUGAGGGAAAAGACUUGUCAUCACGGGAGGAGAUGGCCAAAAGGCUAGUGCAUGCCUCCGUUUUCCUGGUGUUCGUCUCCAACAACUACGCAGCAGACCCUGUCUGCUGUGACAUGUAUAAGUACGCUGUAAACACCAUGAAGAAGAUGACAAUCUGUGUAACUGUUGGAGAGAACUUCAACUGGCAAGGGAGUACCACUCUGGGGGUCUUCAUCAGCGACGUGAUUUUUGUUAACAUGGUCAACUCUAAGAAGGCUGCGUACAAAUCUAAGUUUGAUGAAUUACUGUCCGCACUACAGAAGAAUGACCAGCUACAUGUUGGGAAGCAGGACACUAGUAGCAAUGCUUGUUUCAUUAGCUACGCAUGGGUGAACUCCCAACAGGCUGUCGCGCUUGGCUCAAAUAAAAAGGAAGAAGCGCUGGGAUAUGGUGAUCCUCGAGAGAUCAAGGCGUUCUUGGAGAAGAAGGGUGUUCCAUGUUGGUUAGACAUUGAACAGAUGAAUGUGAAUGACCAGCUGUUCCAUAGAUUAGCCAAGGGUCUGUCAGAGUCACGCAUCAUGGUGGCCUGUGUUUCCGAUGAGUACGCCCUCUCCGAAAACUGCUGUAAAGAAAUUCGGUUUGCUGUACAACUCAAAUUGCCGAUUGUCGUUGCUGUUGUUGGGACUGGGAAUGCCUGGAAACAGUCAGAGGUUGGUUUCCAUGCCAAUUCCUUCCCUACUGUUGAUUUCCAGCAACAAACUAACGUUUCCCAUAAGCAACUGCUCGCCCUGGUAAAGGAGAAUAUGCUGCCAGAACGACAGGAGGAUGCUGAUGAGAAAAAGAGGAAGAUAGAACUCGCUAAUGCAGAAAAAGCUCAGAUCUCUUUUCAGGAAAUGUUUGAGUUAGCCCAGAGGAAGUUUCUGCGACAGAUUUCGAGAUACGCCAGCGAACAAGACAUUGGAACCUAUCCCCGGUUGUUUGCAGUCGACAUCAUGGCCAAGCCGAGUCAAAACACUGAAGCAUCAAAAGAUGAUGCAGACAUACGGACAUACAGCAUUUAUACGCUAUGUGAAUGUGAACAGGGUUGGCACAGUGUGGCAGAUCCUAUUCUGUUGAAACCUUCACAAGAAGUAGGGGUGUGGCAGGUAGAUCCAACCAAGUUUGAAGCUGGCGAGACUUUGGAUAUGAAGGACUGUGCCGACUACCUGGCUCGCGUUACCUUGGUGAUGGAACAUAACCCUGACUUUGUUCUCAGGCUUCACAACGAUGCUGAGGGUCAAAAGUUCAUAGCACAAAUCGAGGAGUUGGCUUUAACCAACAACACAGAUUUCAUGACAUCCUAUCACAUCCUGAGGAAAAGGGUUUUUGAGCUGGAUACCGAGAAAGGCAAGGGGCAGUUGAAGAGGUGUCGUCUGCCCAGUGGUAAAAUGGUUUGGCUUUGUAAGGAACACUGCAGCAAACUCAAGGUCAUGGUUCUGAGUGAUGAGACAGCAGAGGUCAAAGUCAAGGUCGCCAACCAACCCUGGUUAGACGAAAUGGUGGAUUACUUGAGAGUUGAACAGAAAAAACCAUUUGAAUUUAAAGAGAAUAAAAAAAGUAAAAGGCUUCCAAAAGGCAAAACUAAGAAGGUACAGGACAUGGAGAAAGACUUGAGACGUUCUAUGUCUCGAAGUGCUUCCACCAUGGGGAAAGAAAAACUUGCCAUGGCCCUGGCUAUAGUGAAAGCUGAAGAACUGGCAAAGACUGAGAAAAAACCUUCAGCCUCCAGCAACGCCUCUCAACCAUUGGCAGUAGCCCUCAAAACAGAAGAGGCAUCCAUAACAAUAGAACCCAAAAAGGCUCUGCAGAAUACUAGCGAUAAAAAAACUACAGAAGACAAAAAGGAAUCAAAAACUGAUGUUGAUAAGACGAUGGCAGAUGUCAACAAUCAAUGGAUAACAGAUGCCAAGGACAGUGAACAGAAUGGUCAGAGGAGAGCAGCUGCUCCUCCAAAAACCCAGACACAAAAACCAGACGUAAAGCAGAGCAGUACGUGUAUACUGUCUUAGUUACCUAGUAGGUAGUUAGGUACUGUCUUAAUUUUCCUAUUAGGUAGUUAGGUACUGUCAUAGUUACCUAGUAGGUAGUUAGGUACUGUCAUAGUUACAUAGUAGGUAGUUAGGUAGUGUCUUAGUUACCUAGUAGGUAAUUAGGAAGAAUCUGGCACACAUUGCUAUCAUGAGAUAGGAAGAGGCUGAUUUAAUCCUCAAUAUCCUCAACACUUUAUUCCACAUAAAAUACGAACCGUCUAUAAUUUAUCUGCGAUACUUUUACUCGUAAUGAUCCUUUUUAUGUAUUAACCUGUAAUUUACCUGUGCUAUUUUACCUGUAAUUUACCUGUGCUAUUUUACCAGUAAUUUACCUCUUACUUGUCUUUUUACUAUCGCUAUAGAUUCAUAAAAUUAUAGAUCACUAGAGGUGUAUAUAAAUCAUUAUUUAUUUAUUGUGCAAGCAUAACAUCAGGCUCAUGUGACAAGUAUUUGCGAUAAUUUUACCGUUGUUAUCCCUCAUAUAUAGAUUAAUAUUAGAUAUCUGACAAUAAAAGAGGUCAAUCUAUACAGAGUUAUGAGGGACUAGAUAUGUACAAUCAAAGUUGUGUUCUGUCUUAAAUACCUUUGCAUGUCUUUUCUCUAUACAUUCUGUAUAUACUCAUUCAAUUGUGAAAUAAAAUUGAUAGUUUUGCUUUAUUCUCUAAAAUGGUCUAGGUGCCAUUAUGUAUGUGUCCAUAGCAUACUAGAUCUGUUAAAAACUCCAAUAUGCCUUUAUUUCGUUUCCAAAAUUUCCAAAAAUCAGCAAUGUUCAUUAACAUUUACAAUGUCAUUGGUUCAGCAGUGUUCCUUAACAUUUACAAUGUCAGUGGUUCAGCUGUGUUCCUUAAGGUUCCUUAACAUUUACAAUGUCAUUGGUUCAGCAAUGUUCCUUAACAUUUACAAUGUCAGUGGUUCAACAGUGUUCCUUAACAUUACAAUGUCAGUGGUUCAGCAAUGUUCCUUAACAUUGACAA